UCGGAUGAGUGCUCUCCAUCAACCGCGCAUCCUGCUCCAGAGAACCAUCAGGAUGAUCUGCCGCUACGCCUACAACCUUCACUUCUCUUUCAUACCCAUUUAACCUUUCUUUCGGACCCUCGCCAGCCGCUCUGCUACACCCAUGCUUUGCCCUCCUCCUGAGAUGCGAUAUCAUUGCACAAUUUCCCGGAGAAUAUCUUCAUCGUGCGUAGCUCCUCGCUGAUAGAGAGCAUGACCGAUACGGGGACGGUAGCAGCAGGCGCCGUAGCCACGGCGGCGGCCGCCGGUGGUGCGACCACCUCCGGAGAUGGCUCUGAGAGCUCCCGGCAUCGACACCGACCACAGCAGGGAGACGCGGAGAGGCCGGACCCGGGCGCUGCCCCUCAACAAAGCUCCUCUGGAGUACUGGAUAAGUUAUUUGGAAAGCGACUGCUGCAGGCUGGGAGACACAUCAUGUCUCAUAAGUCCUGGAUGAAAACAGUACCCACAGAGAAUUGUGAUGUUCUCAUGACAUUUGCAGACACUACAGAUGACCACACAUUACUAUGGCUACUGAACCACAUCCGGCUGGGAAUCCCAGAGCUCAUCAUCCAAAUCCGACAUCAUAAGCACACCAGAGUCUACGCAUUUUUCAUCACUGCUACAUAUGAAAAUUUGCUGCGAGGUGCUGAGGAAAUGGGACUGCGGAAGGCGGUGAAACCGGAGUUUGGUGGUGGAACACGAAACUUCUCCUGUGAAGAAGACUACAUCUACGAGAACAUUGAGAGCGAGCUGUGCUUCUUCACUUCACAGGAGAGGCAGAGCAUCAUUAAAUAUUGGCUGGACAAUCUACGUGCCAAACAUGGGGAAGCUCUUCAUAAUAUUAGCUUCUUGGAGGGCCAGCCAAUCAUUCCAGAGUUGAGUGCGAGAGGUGUGAUCCACCAGGUAUUUCCUCUUCAUGAGCAGAGGAUCCUCAGUCAGUUGAUGAAGUCUUGGGUCCAGGCUGUUUGUGAGAAACAGCCUUUAGAUGAUAUCUGUGACUACUUUGGGGUGAAGAUUGCGAUGUAUUUUGCCUGGCUGGGUUUCUACACUACUUCUAUGUUAUAUCCUGCUGUGAUUGGCUUUGUGCUUUGGAUGCUCACCGAGUCCGAUCAGACAAGCCGUGACAUCUGCUGCGUGGUGUUUGCACUGUUCAAUGUGGUGUGGGCCACUCUGUUUCUGGAGCGAUGGAAGAGGAGGGGUGCAGAGCUGGCAUAUAAGUGGGGAACUCUGGACACGCCUGCUGAAUCCCUUGAGGAGCCACGGCCUCAGUUCCGGGGCAUCAAGCGCUACAGUCCUAUAACGGGGUGUGAGGAGUUCUACUAUCCUCCGUGGCGGAGGCGUGUAUUCAGGUGGCUGGUCAGCCUGCCCAUCUGUAUCCUCUGUCUCUGCUUCGUCUUCCUGGUCAUGCUCAUCUGCUUUGAGCUGCAGGAGUUUGUGAUGGGGAUCAAAGAAAUGCCUCGACUAGCUCGCUUCAUCCCCAAAAUUAUGCUAGCUAUCACUGUGAGUGCAUGUGACGAGGUGUACAGGAAAAUCGCCUGCUGGCUCAAUGACAUGGAAAACUAUAGACUCCAGAGUGCCUAUGAGAAAAAUCUCAUCAUCAAAAUGGUUCUUUUUCAGUUUGUAAAUUCUUAUCUCAGCCUUUUUUACAUUGGAUUCUACCUCAAAGACAUGGAGCGCCUGAAGGAGAUGCUGCUGGUGUUGUCUCUGUUACGGAGUCUGCAGCGGCAGGUCCAGGUCAAUUUGCUGCCUUUCCUCAUCUGCAAGAUCCAGAUGUUUGUGGUCUCUGUUCCCUGGUUCUUCAGGGCUUUACUCAGGUCAAAAAUGCUGGCCACUCUGCUCAUCAUUCGACAGUUCCUUCAAAAUGUGAAGGAGGUGCUGCAGCCUUAUCUGUAUGAGCGCCACAAGCUAGGGGAGCUUACACUGAGAGCUGUGUGGGACCUGCUGCUCUCAGUACUGCUAAAAUAUGCCCGGUUGGCAGCUGGAAAAGCCCAGGCCUCUUCUACUGACCAGACCAUGCCAGGACCUGGACUGAGGGGCACCAAGCCUGGACUGGGGCAGCCAGAACGAAGGGAAAAGAAGUGUUUAAACGGUGGAUGUGGAGUGCCUGAUGAAGAGGAGGGAGGUGAGAGGGACGAAGCUGACAGCGGGAGGUUCAGUGAAGGAGAGACGGAGGAGGAGAGUUUGAUUGACUGUGGUUUGAAGUUGAGGAAAGUCAGCUUCAUUGAGAAGGUGGACAGAAGGCCGCCCUGUAGUGGACCUCCCUUGGAAAACAGUUUCCUGGAAGAAGGGAGCCCCACUAUGGUUGAAAAAGGAAUGGACCCUGCCUCUGUGUUUGAAAUGUGUGAUGAUGACGACGAUAAUGGAAUUCAUGAUGUGAAAGACUCAGGAGGGGGUGGGAAUGAGGAAAGCAAUGCUGCCCAUGCUGUUGCUGCUGCUGCUUCUCCUGCCUCUGCUGCUGGCAGCAGUGCCUCACUGUCCUCUGGAUCUGAGAGCAGCACAUCACUGCGUCACAGGAAAAGAGGCCGGAGCGCAGAGAGGGCUGAGCCUAAAACCAAAAGGGAGUCAUGGAUGGAUCCACCUGAAGAGAGAGAGAGCACAACACUUACUCAGGCUGAGAUGGAGAGUUGCAUGCAGACAUAUGCUGACACCUUCCAAGACUAUCAAGAGAUGUUUGUCCAGUUCGGCUACGUGGUGCUCUUCUCUUCUGCCUUUCCUCUGGCUGCCAUGUGUGCUCUCAUAAACAACAUCAUUGAGAUUCGCAGUGAUGCCUUUAAGUUGUGCACUGGGCUGCAGAGGCCAUUUGGAGUCCGCGUAGAGAGCAUCGGCCAGUGGCAGACUGCGAUGGAAGCCAUGGGCCUGAUAGCCAUCGUAGUGAAUUGCUACCUGAUUGGUCAGUGCGGUCAGCUACAGCGCCUCUUUCCAUGGCUCAGCCCUGAGAUGGCUAUCAUCUCCAUUGUUAUUCUUGAGCAUUUUGCAAUCCUCCUGAAGUACGUCAUCCAUGUGGCUAUUCCUGACAUUCCUACCUGGGUCAGAGAAGAGAUGGCUAAACUGGAUUAUCAGCGCAGGGAGGCAUUUAAGAAGCAUGAGCGGCAGGCGCAGCAGCACUACCAGCAGCUUCAGAGGAGGAAGAGGGAGGAGGAAGAGAGGCAGAGGCAGGCGGAACAUAUGGCCCGCAGAGAAAGGGAGCGGGAUGAUAGCAAAAGUGACUCCUCUGAUCACCACCACGAAAAAAAUCAUGGCAGCAAAUCUCGUUCUGGGGGUGGAGGCGGAGGGGCCAGCACAUCGGACAAACCGAAGAGGCCCAGCUCCUUGUUGGCCAAUAAUAAUGUGAUGAAGCUGAAGCAGAUCAUCCCACUGCAGAAUAAAUUUUCCUCCAGCGGUGCCCGCUCCCCUCAGUCACCCACUGGCAGUGAGCCCAAACUGCCUGGGUUCUUAAGCUUCAAGUUCCUCAAGUCACCUGAGAAUAAGAAGGAAGGCGCUGCAGCUUCUUCUGCUGGAGCUGCAGCCACUUGCACCACUGCGCCAGCAUCAUCAUCUUCAUCAUCAGGUAGCAGCUCUCAGGAGCGUUCUCAGUCACCCAGUAAGGCCUUCCCUGGGAAGCUGUUUAACUUUGGGAAAUCUGAAGGAGGAGCAUGUGUGAACGGGGCUCCAGUGCCCAGAUCUGGAGAGGGUGCAUCAUCACAAGCAUCAGAAAGACAACCCACCCGGUCCGACUUGAAUGGUGUUCCCGAUGAGAUCCCAUCACCUGGAGGCGAAGGGUCCGAGAACGGACAAAGCGCAGACUUGGAUCAAACUGGUUCUAAAAUUUAGUGGCUCAAGAAAGAGAAAACUUGUCCUUGGUUACAUCUCAACUGAAGAGUUGUGCUUACUCUGAGGCCUGACCUACCUUCUGUGCUGUCACGGGCCACGUGUAAAGGUACGCGAAGCAAAGAAGAAAAGAUGAACCGAUGAAAGAUGACUGUUGUUUGGGUUGUUCUUUUUUUUUCUUCUUUUUUUGCUGAGAGACAAAAAGCAGGCUUUGUAUGACAGAUGUAAGCCCUUCUAUCAUGACCGAAUUAAAACACACACAUACACACUCCCUUACACACAAAAUCUUCCUUGUCUGCAAUACAUGAAGAAAUGCAUGAGCUGCGUUUCUACUAUUUUAAGCCUUUAAAAGCAGAAAGCUUUGUUUCUUGAUUUCUUCAAGUCAGAAGUUGGAAGCAUCUCAGUGGCCUCGCACCAGGAAAUAACUUGUUGUGGAGGAAAUAUAUUAAUAAAUGUACAUGGUGGAAUGAAACAAUUACAGAUUGUAUAUCAAAUAACUAACGAGUGAGUUUUUCUUAACAAUUGAUCAUUAGAUAUGUCUCAUUUUUAAUGGCAAGAAAAAUCUUGGGCCCUUCACUUUUGUAAUGAAGUGGAAAAAUGGAAAAGCAAUAUCAAUUGGUGUUUUAAUAAUUCUUAUCAUCGUCAAAACCCUCCAUUAAUACUCAUCCCUGAUAGAUUACCAGCUUUGCUUUGAAAGCAGAGGUGAUGUCUGAGCUUUCAGCCUUCGUUCUUUUCCUGUGGCAGAUUAGUUGGAAAAUAUAAUAAAGUGUUUGUUAAGUCUAGCUGUCACGAGCAGUAUUUUCCCCAAGAGAAAGUGGAGAUAUACAAGAAAAAGCAAAAAUAAAUAAAAAAAAAAAGUAGCUGGGGGGAAAAAAAAAGCAGAUUGAGGUAAUUUUGAGAAGGUAGAGCAUGGAUGCCGCUUGCGUGCUGUUCUCCAUCCAAGCCCAUAGAGCACCUUGUAAACACAGAUGGUGCUUCAUUCCACACUCUCCAGCCAAAACUGGCAAAUGAGUAUAAAGUUAAAGCAGUGACACUUGCACUAAAACCCAACGAUGCAUCUCUCUUUAGGAGUGAGGUCUGAAACCAGCCUGCCUCAUUACAUUAUGCAAAAGCUGGAUUUUUUCCCCACAUACUUCUUCCCCAGUAUCUUCUCAACCAUCCCUGCUCUCAACAGUUAUUUGAUAAAUGAAUAUUAUUCACAUGGGCUUAUUUGUGUUAUUUUUUUCAUAUUUGGAUUUAUUAUUCUCUUUUUUUUACCUAUCCACCUUUGGCAAAUGGUUUAAAGCAAAGCAGCAACUGUUGAACCAUGAUGCAUUGUAUUCUACAAAAGAUUUAGGCACAAAAAGGAAAAAAGCUCAUGUGCAGUAAUUGGUAGAAGGGGGGGAAAAAUGUAGAAACUAAGUGAAGUCAGUAUUCCAGCUGGGGUGAAGGUAGCAGUGGGUGUUCGGCUAAUUCCCAAAAUGUAUGGAAGGUUGCCUGAUAGUGUUAGGCAGUCACAGAUGGGGUAUUUCUUUCUGAAGUUGCCACAUUUCCUCUGCGGAUUCAAGCUGGGUGUUUUAUCUGUUCAUGUGUCUCUGUGACAAGAUGUGUGGUUAAAAACCCAGACGUUUAAAAGUGCCUAAAACUUUUGCAAAGUACUGUAUUAUAUAUUCUUUAUAUCCUAUUGUAAGUUGGCUCUCUUUCUGUUAAAAAGAAGCCCUCAAGCCCAUCAUCCACCUUCAAUCCACCACUAUUUCACUUCUAGGAUCUCCAGAAGGUGCCAGUUUGUCUGCCUAUAAAAAUAUUGUUAAACCACAUGUUUAAAUUGAGAAUUGACUAUUUACCUAUAACAUUAGUCACUUUUCAUCUUAACACACAGAAAGCUGCAACAUUUGGUUAUCCGGACGCAGUUUAGGCGCACCUUCAAAAGGAAAAUGACAUCACAGUUAUUCGAUGACACACAUGGAGAAGAGGCCAUUGCACUGCACUGUGGGUUGAGACGGAAACAUUUAACUAUGCAUUUCCACCUUUACUUGGCAAGAAUUUUUGGCAAUAAAACUGAGUUGAAGUUGACUUGUAAUACAGUAACUUUAGACUGACAUCGCUACCUGCAUCAUUCCCACAGGCUCUAUGCAUUUUUUCCCCACUCAAUUUUCAGUUUCUCUAUCAGACCACCUGCCUUAUUUACAUUUAUACUGACCCAUAAUUAAAAUAAUUUCAUCCACUGGCUUAUUCGCCUUUAAUUUACAAGCUUAAAACAGAUUUUUUUUUCUGUCGUUUUUUUGUUUCUGAUUUCAUGUUUAAGCUUUACAUGUUGAGUCCAUUUUUCAAACACCUACCUAAAGAGGCAGAAAAAUACUUCACAGACAGGCAAAAAGAUUUAAUGCAAUAUGGAAAUGGACAGAACAUUUAAUGUGAUAUCGUUUUACUGUCAGUCUAGAAUGUGUUGUUUUUGUUAUAUUUGGAGGUCAUUGUUCAAUGUAAAAUGAAAAUUGCAAGGCUGAGAAAUAUCAUAUCCUUGUGUCUGUAUCCUUCACACCAACUAGCACAGAAUUGGGAAAACAGAUUCAGAGAGAUGUAAAUGUUACCUUGUAGCUAGUCACGUUUAAUUUUCUGUAUUUCCAACAUUUGGGACUUCAGGGAUGAAUGUCAUCAUGAUGCAAUAGAGUCCAGUCAUCAUUUGUAAAUUUGUUCAGAUAAGGAAUAAAAAGAAUCCUAACAGAGAGAUCUGGGUAUUUGCUGCUGCAUCAGUUUUGUCUUGCCUUUCUUUGUCAAAUUCCAACUUUUUCAGGUAAAUUUAUCUACAUAAAUUAAAAAAUAAUUUGUCCUUUCACUAAUGGCAGCUGCAGGACAUGGAAUACUGCAGAUCAUUAAAUGAACUUAAUUGAAGUAAAAA